CAAAUAAACUCCACAGCUGCUGGCCAAGGCUCAGUCUACGCACUGAAAGAAGAUGGCCUUAGCACAAAACAAGCUACUUUUCAACACCAUGGUUUGUGGCUUGCAAAUCUUUGUGCUCUGCCUACUUUUAGGUAAUUCUUCUGCAUUAAAAAUGACAAUUCCCUCACAUAGAGUCAAUGGCAUUGAAGGACAGCCACUCAGGCUUGAGGUUGUUUAUAAUUUCAACGUUGCCAUUUCUGACAUCCAGAUAAUAUGGCUGUUUGAAAAACCACCAACAGACCCUAAAUAUCUGCUUAGUUCAGUCAAUCAAUCCGUUGUUCCAGACAUACAAUAUAGGCACAAAUUUACACUUUUACCUCCAAAUGCAUCUUUACUGAUAAACUCUUUACACAGAAGUGAUGAAGGAAAUUAUAUUGUAAAAAUCAAUAUCGAUGGCAAUGAGACAAAAUCAGCAAGUGAAAAGAUUCAGGUUACUGUUGAUGUGCCUCUCACCAAGCCUGUCAUAUACAUGGAACCCUCACUUGGAGUUGUAGAAAAAAAAGGAAACAUCACUUUGAAAUGUAUGGUGGAAAAAGGCACCAGGGUGGUUUACCAGUGGAUGAAAAAUGAAAAUCCAAUUGAUGAUAGCAGCAAUGGCUCCAUGACUAUAAACAAAGAUACACUUUCCAUUUCCCCUGUUUUCAAAGAAGCUAUUGGGAACUACAGCUGCUUAGUAACCAACCCUAUCAGUGCCAUGAAGAGUGAUGUGUUCAUGCCAACAAUAUUUUAUGGACCCUAUGGGAUUACCAUAAAUACUGCCGAAGGCCAGAAAGUAGGAAAGGUGUUCACGCUGGAUAAAGGUGAUGCUGUUCAGCUGUACUGCUCAGCAGAUUCCAAUCCACCAAACAUUUAUUCAUGGAUCCUGAAGUCAAACAACUCCAUGUAUCCACUACAAUAUGGAAGACUUCUUGAAAUUGCAUCUGAGGAGGUGACACAGAAAACAGAAUAUAUAUGCACUGCUUACAACAACAUGACUGGAACCUAUGAUGAAACCCACAUCCUGGUGAUAGUAAUACCAAAGGGACUGGAUCAGCCAGCUCAGAAAGGGAAACAUUUAUCCCCUCUGGCAGUAAUAACUGGAAUUUCAGUAUUUUUGACAGUAGCAAUCUGUAUUUUUUUAUUAUGGAAACGAUUUCAGCCACAUAAAGCAUUGCAGCGGAAAUUGAGGAGAAGAGCCCCCAGGAUUAAAGCACGUUACCGAAAAGGACAAUCUGUGACAGGACAUCAAAGUGCAGGAGAUGAUUUUGGAGUAUAUGAAUUUAUUGAAUAUACAAGUUCUAGAGGAACUCCAUGGCCACCAAGACGGCGUGGUGCUGCUGACUCUGAUGUUGGGCAGAGUCAGAAUACUGUUACAAUUUAUGAUGUUGUCCAGCAUGUUCCUGAACAAAAUGAAGAACAACAAGAUGAUGCAUGAAAAGUGGAAGCCAAAUUAUUACAUCUGUUUCUGUAGAAAACCAACAAUUACCUGCAGGAAAAAAAAUUGAUAUAUAAUACAAAUGCCACCUCAAAGUUAAAAAGCAAAACAUUUUCUCAUGGACUGCAUUUCUAAUAGAAAUAGCUUAUAAUUACUGCAAGACUAUUAAUGUUAUCGCUCCAAAGCUAGAGCAAAAUGUUAAUGUGUGACAUGGUGUUUAAAUAUUUUAUUUUAGAAUGGGGGGAUUGCCCAUUUUGCCUAAAGAGAUUGGCAGUUUCAUUAUUUGUUUAAUGCAAUAAUUGUUCCUUAUUGUUUUGCGUAAGCCUCUACUUUCCAAAAAGGAAAAAGUGGUAUGCUAGCAAUACUAACUGCAGUAUUUUAUUUAAUAAAUAUCUGAUUUUUUUUUAACACCAGCACCAACUAAGGAUUUACCUGCCAUUAAAAUAAUAUCCAGAAAUUCAACUGAUACAGUUCAUAUUGUAAAUAGUGUACUUUUCUAUAUCUAGGCAUUUAAUGCACAGAGUAUAAAAUAUAGUACUACCAGCAGUGACUAGAGUCAGCAUAAAAUAUGAAGGAGAAAUAUGUUAUGAUCAUCAUUCUCAAAUUUCCUGCAAUCUCAGCUACCAUGUUUCUACGAAGACCUAUCCCAAAAAUAAGCUCUAACUUGAUUUUUAUCCAUGCGCCCAAUAUAAGCCCUAUCUCCAAAAUAAGCCCUGGUUAUGACCCGGCCCACUCGGGUACACGGGGUGGGACAAGGCACAUGGGUAAAAAUCAAACUAUUGGGUGUGGAGCUGCCCUACUUAUCUUCAGGCAGUUGCAACCAGGCCUCAUAUUCCCUGACAUUUGCCUUGUCAGCUCACUUCUUCUGCAGCCGCUUGCCACUGCUCAUGCAUGUCACCCCAGCCUCAGUUUCAUUGUCAGAGGCCUUCAGGAAAGGUCCCUCUAGCUGAGAAACUAGCUUGACAUGUAUGCCGCUGAAAGGUCUCUGAUGGCGAAACGGAAGCCAGGGGGCACUGCACUUCUCGACUGCAGAGUCCUUUCCUGAGGGCCUCUGAUGGCAAAACAGAGGCCGGGCGAUACGCACAGCAGUGACAAGUGGCCACAGAAGUGGGCCAGCAGCUAGCUCCUGCUGGGUGGGGCCGCUGCUACAAGGACAUUUCCCCAAAAUAAGACCUGGAGCCUUUUUUGAUGGCAAUAUAUAUAUUCUUAUC